ACAGCAGAUACUUCCUAUGAGUAGUUACUGACAUUGUAGAAAACAAAAGAAAAUACUUGAUUACGAAUGGAUAAGUCAUGGAACUUGACCAAUAUAGCCCAAGCUUUGCCAUCCUUCUGUCGACCCAAGCGCCUGCAAUAACUGAGCCUGGUUUCCGUAAACUCUGGCAUGCCUAGUUGUUGUGACAGCACCUUUACAACCGUAGUGGAGACAUUUUCCUUCUGCACCUCAGGAACACCAUGCACCAACAGCAUUUUUCGUGUCUCCAUUACAUCACACUGCUUUGAGAGCACCUGUACUUCCAAUUGCAGGCUUUCCAGUGAUGACAGAACAAACACUCUAAAUGUGCCAAACUGUGCAGCAAUGUUUGAUGUUGGACUUGUAGCUGGGAUGGAUGUCUGGAUGACAUGUAGAAAUUCUGCCAUCCGUGUAUUAAAGUGUUCAGUUAAUGUAGAUAUAGAGUGCUCAAUUGACUCCAAAUUUUCCAUGCUUAGUGCUUCCAUUAUUAGAGUUCUGUAGCCAACAAUUCCCAUGUGGCACUAAGCUAUGAAGCGAAAACUGGUUUCCACUUCACCGCACUCUGGACAUGAUGGUUCUUCUACAAUUCAAUUGAGUCAAAGAAUGCUGACGGAAGUUUGAUUCCGGACUGUGCUCAAACACAUGGCUCCCCUUCGGCGAAGAAAUGUCCGCGGAGCCAACAUGGUCACACUGGAGAACGACAGCCCACUAACAAUGUUGGCGAAAUAAAAAGUAAACGUAAAAUAAAUUUACACAUGAGAACUCAUAAAGGACGAUAUUCUUGUGACCAGUGUCACGCUAAAUUUAUACAUAAAAAAAAGUUAACUGGCCAUUUAAGAAUACACAGUGGUGAGAAACCGUACAUUUGCACUUAUUGUAAGGCUAAGUUUAUAAGGAAAUAUGAUUUGACUGGUCACAUGAGGUCCCAUACGGGAGAGAAACCUUUUUUUUGCACCUUGUGCCAGUCGACGUUUACACUCAGACACCAUUUAACCGACCACAUGAAGACUCACUCGGAAGAGAAACCGUACAAUUGCGCCCACUGCCAAGCUAAGUUUAUACGCAAAUAUGGUCUGAUCACUCACAUGAGGUUACACACGGGGGGGAAAAUUUAUUCAUGCGGACUGUGUCCAAAAAAAUUUGUGCGCAAAACGAGUUACAAUGUCCACAUGCGGAGUCACACUGGCGAGAAGCCGUUUACCUGUGUUAUAUGUCAGGCUAAAUUUACGAACAAGCAAAAUUUAACGGGGCACAUGAGAACGCACACCGGCGAAAAGCCAUAUAUAUGUGACGUAUGCCAGUCCGAGUUCACACACAAACAAAGCUUGACUAUACAUAAAAGAAUCCAUACUGUCGAGAAGCCGUACUCUUGUGAUGUGUGCCAAGCUACAUUCUCAGUUAAGCAGUAUUUAGCGACCCACAUGAGAACUCACGCCAAUGAAAAGUCUUUCGCGUGUGACCAAUGCAGUGCUGAAUUCAAACACAAAAAGAGUUUAUCCAUCCACAAGAAGUCUCACACUGGUGAGGAAUCAACAAUCAGUGAAGGUUUCACUGAGAGCAUGACCGCCGAGGUUCCCGUGAGACGUUUUUCUUGCGCGCAAUGCCACGCGGCGUUUAAACAUAAAAAAAGUUUGGUUAUUCACAUGAGAGUGCACGCUGGUGUUAAACCGUAUGUUUGUGAUAUAUGCGAGGCCAAGUUUACCACCAAAAAUAAUUUGAUCAGCCACCUUAAAACACACACAGAUGAAAAGCCGUUUUUGUGCCAAAAAUGUCACGCAAAGUUUAAACGCAAGCAUACUUUGACCACCCACAUGAGAACUCACACUGGCGAGAAGCCAUAUAAGUGCAAGGUGUGCAAUUAUAAAUUCGCCCAAAAGUGUAACCUAGCGAGGCACAUAUCAACCUAACCAUAACUUUACUUAAUUGGUUGAAGCGACGACCGAAAUAUGGAAUUUAAACUAUCGGGGAGUGAUGUUUUUUUUUAAUGUUUAUUAAGAUUCGCCCGGUGCACAGCAGACGUGAGAGUGCUUUAUUUAAUCCGCACUGGGCCAGCGUGGUAGACUUACGGCCUUAACCCCUUCUUAUUGUGGGAGGAGCCCCGUGCU